UACUCUGCAAUAACUGAAUAAAAUAAUUAACUGACUGAAUUGAGCUCAAUAUGCAAUUAAUAAGGCAAAAGUAUUUAAAUAUAUUUGCAAGAAAGACAACAGACAGUACAGCCUUAUAAUUAUUUACAAUUUGCAUUUUGCUCGUGAGCUGCAUACCAAAUUUAAAACUGGAGAAAACCGAUUUGUUUACAUGUUGUGAGAAGAAUCGAGUUUUUCAUAAUUUACGUUAAAUAAAAGGAUUUGUGUUUAAGAUGUCCACGUUGCGCCUUAGCCAAGAGGAACGCGAUCAUUUGGCGUUACUGCAGCGUCCGGCCAGCGAAGUCGUCGAACUAUGUAAAUCAGCAUUCGAUUAUCUGGUGAAUGGACCCAACUUGGAGCGCUACGAGUUGCUGGCCAAAAAGUGUUCCGGCAGCGUGGAGAGCGCCACAGUUCAACAUGCGGUGGAGGCAUUGAUCUCACUGCUAAUUCAUGUAACAACAAAUACGAACGAACACUCAAAUAUACGCCAACUAUUGCCUGAACUGGGUGAGGACGUCCAGGAGGUGCUCGAGCAGUUUGUGAACAGCAAACGCAGCUUUGUGGAGGGUUCUAUUAAGUCGGCCAACAUACGAGCCUAUCGCCUGGUUAAUCUAGAGUGGCGCCUCGAGGUGCGUACAGCAUCCCGUUGCCUGCUGCAGCAGUCAAAUGUGGUAAUAACCAUGAAGCUGUAUUUGCACACGGAGCCAAAAAACGAGAAUCGAGAGCUGCUAGAGAUCGACACGACGGAACGUAGCGAGCGGGAGCUAAGUGCCAUGCAGGAAGAUGAACGGCGGCAUCGUAAGGAUCUGUUGGUGCAGACGGAUGUCAGCAGCUUGCUACACAUGAUCAGAUCGCUGGAGGAUGCCUUGGCCGAGUCAAAGUCACGUCGCAUUCGAAACAUUGUAGACGCCAUACAUUAA